AUGUCACGACGGCCGCCGGAGGACGAGACGUUCUACCAGGAUGCACAGGAAGGCGAGUUCGAGGACGCUGAGGAGGGAGUGAGCGGCGUAGGAGAGGGGGACGAGGUCAUGCAGGAAGCUCAAGGAGAGGAAGAGUACAGCUCUUCUACUCCGACCUCGACGUUGACUUGGAUCAGCUGGUUCUGCUCUUUGCCUGGACAUGAGUAUUUCUGCGAGGUCACGGAAGACUUCAUCGAGGACGACUUCAAUCUCACCGGGCUCAAUGCGAUGGUUCCGUUUUGGCGAGAGGCGAUGGAAAUGGUCCUUGACGUAGAGCCCGAUGAGGAAACCUCCAAAAUCCCAGAUGUCUCUAUCGUGGAAGCGUCAGCUGAAUUGCUGUACGGUCUUGUGCAUCAACGCUUCAUCUUGACGCGGGCCGGGCUACAGGCCAUGGUGGACAAGUACGAAAACGGAACCUUUGGCUCAUGCCCACGCGUCUUCUGUAAUGGCACACAUGUUGUGCCAAGCGGAAGGUCUGAUCUGCCUGGCUUCGAUACUGUGAAACUCUACUGCCCGAACUGCAACGACAUUUAUGCGCCUCCCAGCAGCCGUUUCCAAGGCGUUGACGGUGCGUUCUUUGGAACAACAUUUGCGCAUCUCUUCUUCCAGAGUUACCGCGAGCUUGCGCCAGCGCCGUUCUACAAGCCAACGCCACCAGCUUCCCCACGCUCUUCGGAAGAGGAGCUUGUUGAGUCAUCAGCAUUCAACAACCCCAACCCCCAUGGUGGACAGAAGAAGCCUGAAGGCAAGGUUUAUCAUUCGAAGAUUUAUGGCUUCCGCGUGAGUGAGCUUGCGAAGAACGGGCCACGCAUGCAGUGGAUGCGCAUGCGCCCGCAGUCGCCAGCAGAGUUGGACACCGUUGACUGGAGAGGCCACUUCUACUCCGACGAAGAGGAUUACGGCGACGAUGAACACCACGAAGAUCAGGAUCGUCCGAUGGAGGACUUUGAUCCCGUACGUGCUACCGUUCGCUUGUUGGACCGGUUAAAUGUCUUACAGGUCAUUUUUACAGGAUGA